AACGAAACGGAGGGAUCUGAUUGGCUCAUGUGUUGUUGGCGCAGCUAAGCCUAAAAACGACACUGAGAAGAAAUGACCUAACGUUACUGUUUGAUAUUACAUAUACAUUAAACAAGGUUAAACAAGGACAUACCAGAUCUAAUUGUUAUCAUACAAAGAGAACUCCUGGUCAAGACAGAAGAUUUACAGAAACCAGCUUACCUACAUUCUGCACUGAUUUUUGAAGUGUGUUUAAGGGCCAGUUGUUCUGUAUCCUGCCACUGAGUAUGUCAGUGGCUCUUCUCGUGCGAUAUGCCGUGUUCAGCGGAUCCCGUGUUUGCUGCAAGGCUGUCCUUGGCAUAACCAGCAUCCACCAAGAAGACCCGAGAAGGGCUCUACACACUCCAUCAUCUCCUCGGUGCAGCAACUCUCGCUUUGAUCCAGACAGCAGUGGCUGUCCGACUACCUGGGACUCCUUUGGGAUCUGGGACAACCGUAUUAAUGAGCCCAUCUCGCUUCCGUCGAGCAUCCGAUAUGGUAAACCUAUUCCCAAAGUUAGCCUGUCCAAGGUGGGCUGCGCUUCACAGAUCGGCCAGCGGAAGGUGAACGAAGACCGCUAUCAGCUAUCGCAGAUGACGGACAGCAUCAUAUACUUUGCAGUGUUCGAUGGGCACGGAGGUGCAGAGGCUGCUGAAUUCUGCCACAAAAACAUGGAGAAGCAUAUUAAAGAUAUUGCUGAGGAGGAGGAUAACUUGGAAUUAGUUUUAACCAAAGCAUUUCUUGAGGUUGACAAAGCGUUAGCAAGGCAUCUUCACUUCAGUGCAGAUGCCGCGGACCCAGCUUACCCCUAUAAGAGCUGCAGCUCUGCGGUACCUUUAUGGAGGCCGGAGGGUUAGAUUGCUCCAGCGGGUCCUUGCGUGGACUUUUGGAAGCCUCUUUGUUGAGUGCAGGGACGACGGCCACAGUGGCCCUGUUGAGAGAUGGGAUCGAGCUGGUGGUGGGCAGUGUGGGGGACAGCCGAGCCAUGCUGUGCCGCAAAGGCAAGGCCCUCAGACUCACUGUGGAUC